CCUGCCCACUUACUAUGAGUUCGAGUGCUGCGCUUUAAAUAUGCUUGUAGCUGUGUACGUGUAUGGCUGCAUGGCUACUAUUCUAUCCCUCUCGAUCUCUCUCUCUUCAUGUGCAACGGAGGGAGUCCCACCAUACAAUGGACCAACCAACCACUCCAUCAUCCUGCCACUUGAACAGGAGGAGACCUCCAUUGAGUGCUACCUAUUCCAGUGGAUUCCUUGCUUUUGGGAUCCUGCCAUCGCGUUGCGGUAUCGGUAGUCCUGAAGGCAUGGGAUUUAGAAAUCGGAACAGAGCAAUAUUGCCCAAAUGGAGUCUAGAGGUAGGCCACAGUACCAGUGCAGUAGUAGUGGUGGUGUUAGUUACUUCUGUUUGUGCAGGUGCUGUAGAAGAUGUAAAGAGUCUCAAGACACUGUUGUCUGUGGCUGUGCACAAUAGUGGUGAUGAGGGGCAACAAGUUGUGUUGUUUAGAAGACUACAGAGCAAGCUUUUGCUCAUUAGAGAUUUGGGGAAUCGAAAGCUUCAAGUUUCUUCCCGAUUGCUGGAGACAGUGGACGAUUAUGAACAACAGCUGCUCCAGAAACAGAAAGCUGUCGAUAGCUCCUCAACAAUAGACGAAUUUUAUCAUGCUCAAAAAGUGUUGACGUCUGGCAAAAAAUUGAGUGGAAUCAUCAGCUCUGCAAAGCGUUCCUCAGGUACUAAGAGAGUGCGUCCUGUUGAUCUGUGCAAUGAUGAGGACACUCCCAACAAUGCACGAUCUGCCAAGAAGAAGAUCAAGACCAUCAGGAAGAAGACUAGUACUGUUCCUGCUCCUACUCCUGGAGGGCUGGUGGCUAGUGUUGAUGAGUCUUCUCCACCGGUACCUGCUGUACCUAUGCCUGACCUCUCUUCACAACCUUUAGACCCCAAUGAACCAACCUACUGUCUAUGUCAGCAAGUUUCCUUUGGAGAGAUGAUCGGUUGUGACAAUGAUGAUUGUUCCAUUGAAUGGUUCCACUUCCAGUGUGUGAAUCUCACGUCCAAACCCAAGGGCAAGUGGUUCUGUCCACAGUGUGCACAAGGUCGCAGAGGCAGUAAACCAGUCAAUAGGCAGUCGUAGUAUCUCUAUCCUGUUGCAAUUGUCUCCUCAUAAUGAUAAUAAUUAAUUAUUAUUGUCAACAAAAUACACCUGUUAGCUUGCAGAAAUAGUGGGUGGGGCUGGUAUGUUCUUGCAGAAUUAGUGGGUGGGGCUGGUAUGUUCUUCACAAGGCCUUCAGUGCGCAUGUCAUGAUGAGCACAUGUUAUUUGCAGCCACGAGACAAAGAGAGAGCAAGACAAGGUGUACCCUGCCGGCUGUCUCCUUGUACGUCGGUCACCUUUUGAUAACUACUCAACGCUGCACAGCACAGGAUUCAGCAUUCAAUCACUCUCAUAAUUUUAUUGUCAUUUCAUCUUUUAUGGGGGACGCCCCACUCUUAAUUUUUAUCACUGAAUGGCUGCUGACGUACGUAUAUAUAAGAGCACUACAAGAUACGACAGGAAAGGGUCAGUAUAAUAAUUAUGCCGGCUUUCUGAGGAGGAGAUGAUCUGUUAUUGGCUAUUGGCUCUGAGUAGGCCGGGGAUGGACUGGACACCUCUGCAUGAGAGGCAAAGGGCCAGUUACUGUAUCACGUAUAAAUAUUCUGUUGCUUGUACAUUUUGUAGCAUUAUCAGUAAUGGACUGUAGAGUAGCAUCUUGAGCUCCCCUUUCUUCAUCACUCAAUCUGCAGGCAGUGUAUGUGAUUUUCUGACAGGGAAGGCUACUCUAAACAGAGGGAGUCGGCCACACAAGGUAUAGUCUAAUAAUUAUUGUACGGUACUUAGAUGAUCUUCUCUGUUUUGGGUCAGAUGCAAUUGCCUUCAAUCACUAUAGCCAGUUAAAACAUUUCUUCUACUCUGCCUUAAGAAAUUGAUUGUGUACCAGCAUUAACCGUGUAGCGGGAAAUUUUGUUAUUUGAGCCCUUGAGAAAUGUUGUAUAGUUGUUCACGUUUCAAUGCCAGGGAAACCAAUAGCUUUGCAUGGUGCGUGGGAGUGUCUUCCAUUUAUAUUACAUGAAGUGUGAAGUGUGUUGUAAGUUUGUACAGAGAGGACUCCCAUGGUGGCAAUGAAUGUAUGGCAAUGAUCUGAUGAUGGCUCCACUGCUCUGAUGGACCAAUGCAGGAGAAGUUAUUCUGUAUAAUUAUUACACUAAAUUAAUGUAUGCCACUGUUUGGAUCGGUUUCUGUUCUGCUCAGCUUCUUCCUCCAACUUGCUUACGCAGGCUAAGCUUAUUCUUAAUUAGUUCAUUCUAUAGUCUAGUAUUAUUGUCGGUUUGGUUGUUUUAUGUUUUUCACCUGGUCAUACGGAAUCACUUCAUUAAUUUUUAUACAGUGCAGACCGCACCUCUAUCCACACAUUGUACCUGCACAUCCUGUAUAUAUGGGGCCACACCCCCACUCACUGUACUGAUAUGUGGUCACACCCCCAUACAUGGUAACCCUCUUGACCACACCUCCACUCAUGCAUUGUGUCGUACAUGCUGUGUUUUUGUGUACAGUACACACAUCAUCCGUGUCUUUAUCCCCACACCUAGUCGGAGGGACAGCAAGUUCUACUAAGAGCCAGCAUCACCAACUAACCAACACUACAAGACCUACCUACUACCAGCUAGGACAGCACACCACCCAGGACAGACUCUUACUAUACCAUGUAAUACGCCUUUGUAUUACGAUCAUGAUACAAUUUGCUGCCCUCCCUCGCCCAUGGAUUGAAUAAUUAUGGACGAGACUGACACACAAUAAUAGACACCAAAGGGCCAGUUACUGUAUCAUGUACGAAUAUUCUGUUGCUUGUACAUUUCGUAACAUUAUCAGUAAUUGACUGUAGAGUAGCUCCCCUUUCUUCAUCACUCAAUGCAGGCAGUGUAUGUGAUUUUCUGACAGGAAAGGCUACUCUAAACAGAGGGAGUCGGCCACACAAGUCGGAGGGACAGCAAGUUCUACUAAGAGCCAGUAUCACCAACUAACCAACACACUACAAGACCUACCUACUACCAGCUAGGACAGCACACCACCCGGGACUUAAUACGCCUUUGUAUUACGAUCAUGAUACAAUUUGCUGCCCUCCCUCACCCAUGGAUUGAAUGAUUAUGGACACUCGCAGGACAACUAAGAGACUGACACACAAUAAUAGACACCAAAGGCAGUGUAUGUUAUUUUCUGACAGGAAAGGCUACUCUAAACAGAGGGAGUCGGCCACACAAGGUAUAGUCUAAUAAUUAUUGUACGGUACUCUCUGUUUUGGGUCAGAUGCAAUUGACUAGCCAGUUUAAAACAUUUCUUCUACUCUUGGCUUAAGAAGUUGUAUUUUAUUAUUGUACCAGCAUUAGGUAGUUAACUCCACUUAUGCAUUGACCUCUACUACUGUGUAGCGUAAAAGUUCGUUAUUUGAGCCCUCGAGAAAUGUUGUAUAGUUGUUCAUAUUUCAAUGCCAGGAAACCAUAGCUUUGCAUGGUGCGUGGGAGUUUCUUCCAUUUAUAUUACAUGAAGUGUGUUGUAAGUUUGUAUAGAGAGGACUCCCAUGGUGGCAAUGAUCUGAUGAUGGCUCCACUGCUCUGAUGGACCAAUGCAGGAGAAGUUAUUCUGUAUAAUUAUUACACUAAAUUAAUGUAUGCCACUGUUUGGAUCGGUUUCUGUUCUGCUCAGCUUCUUCCUUCAACUUGCUUACGCAGGCUAAGCUUAUUCUUAAUUAGUUCAUUCUUAGUUCAUUCUAUAGUCUAGUAUUAUUGUCGGUUUGGUUGUUUUAUGUUUUUCACCUGGUCAUAUGGAAUCACUUCAUUAUUAUCAGUGCAGACCACACCUCUAUCCACACAUUGUACCUGCACAUCCUGUAUAUAUGGGGCCACACCCCCACUCACUGUACUGAUAUGUGGUCACACCCCCAUACAUGGUAACCCUCUUGACCACACCUCCACCCAUGCAUUGUGUCGUACAUGCUGUGUUUUUGUGUACAGUACACACAUCAUCCGUGUCUUUAUCCCCACACCUAGUCGGAGGGAGCAGCAAGUUCUACUAAGAGCCAGCAUCACCAACUAACCAACACUACAAGACCUACCUACUACCAGCUAGGACAGCACACCACCUGGGACAGACUCUACUAUACCAUGUAAUACGCCUUUUUAUUACGAUCAUGAUACAAUUUGCUGCCCUCCCUUGCCCAUGGAUUGAAUAAUUAUGGACACUCGCAGGACAACUAAGAGACUGACACACAAUAAUAGACACCUAACUGCAUUUUUGCCAUUAAUAUAAUAAAAAUAAUUUUGCCAUUAA